CAACACAGCUGAGGUGAUGAUCAGACGCACCAAAUUAUAGAGCUGCGUUUUGUGCUCAGACUUUGUCGCACAGUUACUUUCGGUUUACGUAAGCGUGCUGUUCUGCCUUGGAGAGAGAAAGUAGGAAGAAGUCCGCAGCUGUCAUUAGAUUCCCUAAUCAGCUCUAUUGACAGCAGGUGUGAAUUCAUGUCUGUAUUUCCCCCUCAGAUAUAUACUGCCCAGUGUUGUGCUCGGCCAAAAUAUGACUGAGGUGAUGAUCAACAGCUCCCCCAUGGAGGAUAUGAGGCUCAGCCCGAGCAAGGACAGACUCUCCUUCCAGAUAUUCCCCGACCCCUCAGACUUUGACCGUUGCUGUAAGCUCAAGGAUCGGCUCCCAUCCAUUGUGGUUGAGCCUACCGAGGGAGAAGUUGAGAGUGGGGAGCUUCGCUGGCCUCCAGAGGAGUUUCUGGUCAGUGAAGAGGAGGAGGAGGAGGAAGAAGAGGAGGAGCAGGAUAAUGGCAGCAUCCAAAAUGGACAGCCAGCACAGAAUUCUCAGCACUAGAGGCUGUGUUGCAGCACCCAUACUCUAUUGUUCCCUCCCAUUGCCACACUGGUUACACUGCACCUCAGCACUCAAACAACCUGGCAGACACACAUUCAGUGUCUCGUGAUGCCAUCUCGUUUCCCUCGAACCCAAAGCAUCACACACAAUACACACAGGCAACACACUUUCUCACACAAUAAUUUAUUCUCCUUGACUGCAAACCCGCUAAAUUACACUCUUCACAAAAGAACAGACAAGCACACGUCCAACCUACACGUAGUUCCUACCACAGUGUGUGUCUCAGCCCAGAAUGGAUGUCCUGUCGGGACAGCGGCAGCUCACUGCUCCAUGGACAGCUCUUGUACUGCAGGGGGCUACAACUGCUCUGUACUUUACUCCAAAAUGGCUGGCAUCAUGACCCCAGAGACUUCAUACUAUCACACAGAACUAUUGUGGUACCCGUGGGGCUUAUUGUCUGCAGUAACACUGUCCAUACCUUGUUAGUUUUUGGAUUGAUAUGUUGAUUAUUGUAAUUGCCACUGCUGUCCAUAGAUUUUGUCUUUCUGAGAAGUGAAUGUUUUGUGAUUUUUGUCUGAAGUGGGUGUUUGUGUAAAAUGUUAUUGGGAAUU